AUGGCGCCACCACGUGGACGCUGUGAAACGCAAACUCUCGCCACGUUGACAGAUUUCUACCAUGCAGCCGCAUUUACAAAAGUCAGCCCUGCCUCUCUCUCCCCGCCCUGUCUCACACAGAGAGGCACACGCAGCUUCAGGCCAAUCGCCAUCGCCUUCUCCUCCCUCAUCCUCUCUCAGACCCUCCCAACCAAAACAAAUAAUCGAUAUCUCUCAAUUCUUCACAGACCUCUACGACGCGGAACAUUCCCCUUACCCAAAGCUGCCCGCCUCUUCAACCAAUACAAACUAUCCUGGGCAGAGGAGCUCCAGACGGCCUUUCCCUCUCAAAAAAAUUACUGGGAGGAACUACAAGUUGCAGGCGCCGGCGAUGAAGAAGAUGCAGAAGAAGAAAGGAUGUUAUUUCAGAGAAUGGUGGACAAGCGGUGCGUGGAUAACGUCAGAAUGCUUAUAGUGGAUGCGGUGCAGAGCGCGAAGGCAGGGCACCCCGGAAUGCCACUUGGGAUGGCGGAAGUGGGUUAUGUUCUGUACAGGUAUGUCAUGAGGUACAACCCCUCUAACCCCAACUGGUUCAACAGGGACAGGUUUGUCAUCAGCGCCGGCCAUGGCUGCCUGCUUCAGUACGUUUGUCUCCAUCUCGCAGGCUUUCAAUCCGUUCAGCCAGAAGACCUACAACAAUUAUGCAAGCUUGGGAGCAGGACCCCAGGCCACCCAGAGAAUGUGGUGACAGAAGGCAUUGAAGUCACAACAGGCCCUCUUGGACAAGGAGUAGCUAAUGCAGUUGGUCUAGCCGUAGCCAAAGCUCACUUAGCUGCUAAAUUCAAUAAACCCGAUGCUGCUGUUGUCUAUCAUCGAACGUAUUGCAUUAUGGGCGAUGGAUGUGCCAUGGAGGGAAUUACGCAUGAAGCUGCAUCAUUGGCCGCACAUUGGAAGCUUAACAAGCUUACACUGAUUUAUGAUGACAAUCAUAAUACCAUUGAUGGAUCCACCAACCUAGCAUUUUCUGAGGAUAUAUCUGCCAGAUUUAAAGCUCUUGGAUGGCAUACCAUCACUGUGAAUGACAUCUAUGGUGAUAUGGGAUCAUUCGAGAAUGCCCUUCUCUCUGCUUUUAGGGAAACUGAGAAGCCAACUUUCAUAAGGGUGAAGACACUUAUAGGGAAAUUGUCUAAAAAGGAGGGAACAUCAAAAGCACAUCAUGGAACCUUUGAUGAAGAUGAUGUGAAGAAGAUGAGGGAGAAAGUUAAGUGGAGUGAUCGGGAACCAUUCCAUGUCAUUCCAAUGGUUUACAGGGAAAUGCAGUUUCAAAGAGAGCGUGGGGAAAUGUUAGAGAGUGAAUGGUACUCGGUGCUAAAACACUUCCGGAGCAAAUAUCCCCAAGAGGCCGUAGAGUUCGAAAUUCUCCUGAAUGGUGGUCUUCCUCCUGGCUGGGAGAGCUCAUUGCCGAAGUGGUCUGUAUCUGAUCCGGUGGAUGCCACUCGUGGGUACUCAGAGAAGUGCUUAAACCAGCUUGCUAAUGUGCUUCCGGGAUUGAUUGGUGGAAGUGCGGAUCUUGCAACCUCCAACAAAGCUCAUCUUCGCAACCACGAAGAUAUCCAGUCUAGCUCCCCAUGGGGCCGUAACAUUCGGUAUGGUGUUCGAGAGCAUGCAACGGCAGCAAUUUCAAAUGGCAUCGCAUUGCAUGGAUGCGGUUUAAUCCCCUUUGCAGCCACUUUCCUUGUUUUCUCAGACUACAUGAAGAACUCGAUACGACUAUCUGCUCUGAGCCAUGCUGGGGUCAUCUACAUUAUGACCCACGACUCGAUCGGUCUAGGGGAGGAUGGCCCAACCCACCAGCCAGUGGAGCAGCUUGCUGGCCUCCGAGCAGUGCCGAAGCUACUAGUUUUUCGCCCAGCAGAUGGUAAUGAGACUGCUGGGGCUUACCAGGUGGCUGUUGCAAGCCGGGACGUGCCUAGUCUCAUCGCACUGUCAAGGCAGAAGGUUGCAGCCAACAUAGAAGGAACAUCAGCGAGUGCAGUUGGAAGGGGUGGGUGUAUUGUGAGUGACAAUUCAGGUGAAGGGCUGCCUGAGAUAAUAUUGAUGGGUACUGGGUCAGAGCUAUGUCUCUGCGAGGGUAGUGCCAAUGUGUUGAGGAAAGAAGGGAGGGCGGUGAGGGUCGUUUCUCUUGUUUGUUGGCGGCUUUUCGACCGGCAACCCGAGGGCUACAGGGAGCUUGUGCUGCCCUCGAGGGUGUCAAAGCGUGUGAGCGUCGAGGCGGCAACUCCGUUGGGUUGGAGGGAGUAUGUAGGGGAGCAAGGGGUGGUGAUGGGUGUGGAGGAUUUUGGGCGCAGUGGGGCUUAUUUGGAUGUAUUCAAGCAGUUUGGGUUUACUGAAGAGAAUGUAACUAGGAUUGCUAGGUCAUUGUUAUGUUCAUAAAUAGAUUAUGAAGGAAAUAGUGAAAUGCUGGAAUAUGCAGUUGGGUAGCUAGGUAGAAGUGUUGUGUGCCCUCAUGCUUUCCUUGUUUGUUCAUUGAUGGUCAAUGCAGCAUGACUUCAUUUGUUCAAAUGCCAUUUAAGAGAACCCUGUAAGCAACUCAAUUUCUAGUGAGAUAUUUCUUGGGUUUCA